AUGUGGACCCAAUUGACCAUGUGUCAAAAGCACGAGUUACUGCAACAGCAAAAAGUUAACCAAACUCAUGAAGAUAAUCACUGGCAUCAUGUCGCAACUGCUGCAAACACUUCAGCCGAUUUAUCGCGUGAGGAAAAACAGCGAUUUAACGAUCAACUAAACUUUAUAUUAGACAUGCGUCUAUUGCCACAUAUUAUACUCGAGCAAAACGAACAGGCCAUUAUCAAAUUAGAAAAUGAUGAAUUUGGAAUAGCUCUUACACAAAUAGCAAGUGAAGACUGCGAGGAGAAUUUUAUGGCACAAACGUUUGCAGAUAAAAGUUUUCUGUCUAUGCUUAAUCUUCUAUUAAAUUAUGACACUCAAACAUCAGUGGAUCCGUUUGCUCUAAAUGUGGUCGCAAAUUUUGUUACCAGUUGUUCGAAACCCCCACUCCUUGGAUUUGCCCACUUAGAGCCUCCCUUUUCAAUACGCUGUGUUGAGGUAGGUGAUGAUGAGGAUACUGGUGAUACCAUAGGCAGUGUUAUACGAGGUUUUUUCACCAUUCGCAAAAAGGAUCCAUUAAAUCGUUUACCCACCUCAUCCACCUGUUUCAAUUUACUCAAAUUGCCAAAUUAUCAAAAGAAAUCAACACUAAGAGAUAAACUUCGUUAUGCAGUUACUAGUAAUACCGGUUUUGAACUGUCAUAA